UGUUCAAGCGAGUAUCCAAUGACCGACUUCGGUUCUGCUUUGCCUCCAAUUGGGUGAACUAGCCACCGAAGAACCGAAACCGAAGUCCCAAGGUUCCCACCUGUCACGUUGUAUCCGCCACGAGCGCGCAUCAGCGAAAAGGACACGGAAUUGAGCCACCCCGUGGAUGGUGGCACACAGUGGAUACGCGACGACGUAUGGCGCAUGGAUCGCCCUUUGUCACAGUAACUUCGCCAUUAGGGCUAGGCAGGCACGACAGGGUCCGAAUAGGAGAAUUCUCUCCGAACCCGAGUUGCUGCGUUAGAUCGGAUUCGGACCCGAGAAAGGUCACCUUCGGGACGGUGCACAACACAGUAAGAAUACAAAGUUGCUCUGUGGUCUCGGCUACUGAAGGUCCAUGGUCAGAUCACACACAAUGGGAGAGGGAUCACGAUGAAUCUUUGGUGCUUCAAAGGGCAAUAUUCUUCAGAUGCAGAAGUCGAGAAGGGCGUGUUGGUACUACACUGCGCUGCGCUGCAAUGCACGUGGCCAUCGUUCCUCGCCUCUCUCCGCGCGAAGGCAGUCAUAGUUCGGUUGAUGCUGCUGCUGUCGGUACUGUUGAAAUUGCCAUGCAUAAUUCGCCAAGGAAUCGAAGGACAAAAGCCCGAGAAGUCGGAAUUGCAUAUCUCGGACGCGCACGACGAGAUGUUGGUGCAUGCACACACAUGAACGAUCACCUCCAGGGCUGGGCAUGACAGGCGGAAGAAGGUGAUGCGGGGGUAUGUAUUUGCUGCCCGGGUGCUCAUGAUAUCUCGGUUUCGGUCUCGUGUGAGAGGGGGGCAAAUGGGUGUGGUAGUUUAAUACCUGAGGCACCAAGCUGCUCCUGUAUCGAUUAACGUCACGACCCUGGACCUAUCGGUAAGGACUGUGAGAGUCACCUCCA